AUGUUGGAGCUACGUCUUGUUCAGGGGUCUCUGUUGAAGAAGGUUCUAGAGUCGAUCAAGGAUCUGGUGAACGAUGCGAACUUCGACUGCUCCAGCACUGGGUUCUCGCUCCAAGCUAUGGAUUCGAGCCACGUGGCGCUCGUCUCCCUCCUGCUGAGAUCCGAAGGUUUCGAGCACUACAGGUGCGACCGCAACCUUUCCAUGGGGAUGAAUCUCGGCAACAUGUCGAAGAUGCUCAAAUGCGCCGGAAAUGAUGACAUCAUCACCAUCAAGGCUGAUGACGGCGGCGAUACCGUCACCUUCAUGUUCGAGAGCCCCACGCAAGACAAGAUUGCAGAUUUUGAGAUGAAGCUGAUGGAUAUAGACAGUGAGCAUUUGGGAAUACCUGAUGCUGAGUACCAUUCAAUUGUGAGGAUGCCGUCUGGUGAGUUCUCCAGGAUUUGCAAAGAUCUCAGUAGCAUCGGUGACACAGUUGUGAUCUCUGUGACUAAAGAAGGGGUUAAGUUUUCGACUGCUGGUGACAUUGGAACAGCUAACAUUGUGCUAAGACAGAACACAACUGUAGACAAGCCGGAAGAUGCAAUUGUGAUAGAGAUGAACGAGCCAGUGUCGCUCUCGUUUGCCCUGAGGUACAUGAACUCCUUCACAAAGGCAACUCCAUUGUCCGAGACGGUGACAAUCAGCUUAUCGUCGGAGCUGCCAGUGGUGGUGGAGUACAAGGUAGCUGAGAUGGGUUACAUUCGUUACUACUUGGCUCCUAAGAUUGAAGAAGAAGAAGACGACACCAAGCCCUAA